UCGCGAUUGGGCACCAGGGGAAGAAUGUCUCCUUUCAACUUUGUCUGUGGUUUGCACCCCCGCAGAAGGCCACACGCCGGUUGUGGGGUGCAGAUGUGCAGAGAGUGAUUUCUAAGUAGUUGAGUUGUUGAGAUGAGGGUACGACUGCUAAUGGUAGGCAGGUUUUGUUUUCAUUGGUGAAUCUGGUGUCAUCAUAUUCCGGUCAUAUGUUGAAAUAUUCUUUGUUUAGGUCUUGAAGUAGAGGAUCUUACUCUGCACGUCCACAUUGUGUUGUUUUAAAUGAUGUCUCUGCAAGUAUGGCUUUUUAGAAUUUCAAAUGUGAGUUAAGGUCCGGGCGUGUGUGGGCCUUAGCACUGGCCUUGACAGUGAACUUUGUGGCUGUGUUUUGGAUUUCAAAGAUUUGCCCCAUAGCUGGGAUGCGAGCUGUGCAUUUUGUUAGUAGUAGGUGUCAGGAAUGUAGAUGCUUAAGCUGGGGACGUUAGAGAAGGAAGAACAUUUAUGUAUUAAUAAUUGAUAGCUGAAUAUUAGAAUCAGAUUAAUUUGGGCUGAUGAAAGUUUUUUUUUUUUAAAGCAGUUAUGCACUCUAGGAAGGAAGCCUUUUCAUAGGCACACUUUAUAGGGGUUCUUUAGGGCGCAGAGCUUGAAAAUCUCCUUUUAGAGAGGAUACUCAUCAACAUCUGUAGCUUCGUUGAGGGCCUGGUAAGGGGUCUGAAACUGGGGCUAAGAUAUCUAAGUAUACUUUUCAGUGUUUCUGUUGUUUGUUUACAUCUGGUGUUCAUUCACGUUUGGGCAGUAGAAAUAAAUAGGUCAGCCUUACUUUUGGUUUUUGAAGACUGGUCCCCCCCUUUUUUUUUUAAGUUUCACAAUUUACUUGGUUUCACAGCAUUGUAGGAAACUGUUACUACAUUUUUACUGGAAAUACUGUUAUUCAUUUUGAUUUUGGGAGCAAGAGAACUGAAGGAGAGCCAAUUUCCCCAAAAUUGGACUUCUCAGAACCUUUAAUAUGCUAAUGUGCAUUGUGAAUCUCCAAGAGGGGGAUAUGAUAUGCAGCAUUCUUGAAUACUUCUAAUGACAGGGAGCCCACUACCUCAUAAGAACAGUGUGUCCUGGAUGGUUGUCCUCUCCCCCUCUAGACUUCCAGCUCACCCAGGACAGAAGUGGUCUUGUUCAGCACCGUGUCCUCAGAAAGGAGUAUGUAAUACGGUGCUGAGCAUGUACUGCAGUGAGAAGAGGAGUUUGUUAUUUUAAACAGAGGCUGAAGAAACUAUAGAAUUAACAGACAUAAGAAAAAGUGGAGAAGGUAGAGGAUGGAGUUGCAGACUCUACAGGAGGCUCUUAAAGUGGAAAUUCAGGUUCACCAGAAACUGGUUGCUCAGAUGAAGCAGGAUCCACAGAAUGCUGAUUUAAAGAAACAGCUUCAUGAACUUCAAGCCAAAAUCACAGCUUUGAGUGAGAAACAGAAAAGAGUAGUUGAACAGCUACGGAAGAACCUGAUAGUAAAGCAAGAACAACCAGACAAGUUCCAAAUACAGCCAUUGCCACAAUCUGAAAACAAACUACAAACAGCACAGCAGCAACCACUACAGCAGCUACAGCAGCAGCAGCAGUACCACCACCACCACGCCCAGUCAGCUGCAUCCUCUCCCAACCUGACUGCUUCACAGAAGACUGUAACUACAGCUUCUAUGAUUACCACAAAGACACUACCUCUCGUCUUGAAAGCAGCAACUGCGACCAUGCCUGCCUCUGUUGUGGGCCAGAGACCUACCAUUGCUAUGGUGACCGCCAUCAACAGUCAGAAGGCUGUGCUCAGCACUGAUGUGCAGAACACACCAGUCAACCUCCAGACGUCUAGUAAGGUCACUGGGCCUGGGGCAGAGGCUGUCCAAAUUGUGGCAAAAAACACAGUCACUCUGCAGGUUCAGGCAACACCUCCUCAGCCCAUCAAAGUACCACAGUUUAUCCCCCCUCCUAGACUCACUCCACGUCCGAACUUCCUUCCACAGGUUCGACCCAAGCCUGUGGCCCAGAAUAACAUUCCUAUUGCCCCAGCACCUCCUCCCAUGCUUGCAGCUCCUCAGCUUAUCCAGAGGCCCGUCAUGCUGACCAAGUUCACCCCCACAACCCUCCCUACCUCCCAGAAUUCCAUCCACCCCGUCCGUGUCGUCAAUGGGCAGACUGCAACCAUAGCCAAAACGUUCCCCAUGGCCCAGCUCACCAGCAUUGUGAUAGCUACUCCAGGGACCAGACUCGCUGGACCUCAAACUGUACAGCUUAGCAAGCCAAGCCUUGAAAAACAGACAAUUAAAUCCCACACAGAAACAGAUGAGAAACAAACAGAGAGCCGCACCGUCACUCCACCGGCUGCACCCAAACCAAAACGGGAGGAGAACCCUCAGAAACUUGCCUUCAUGGUGUCUCUAGGGUUGGUAACACAUGACCAUCUAGAAGAAAUCCAAAGCAAGAGGCAAGAGCGAAAAAGAAGAACAACAGCAAACCCAGUGUACAGCGGCGCGGUCUUUGAGCCAGAGCGUAAGAAGAGUGCAGUCACCUACCUGAACAGUACAAUGCAUCCCGGGACCCGGAAGAGAGGUCGUCCUCCAAAAUACAAUGCAGUGCUGGGGUUUGGAGCCCUUACCCCAACAUCCCCCCCAUCCAGUCAUCCUGACUCCCCUGAAAAUGAAAAGACAGAGACCACAUUCACUUUCCCUGCAUCUGUUCAGCCUGUGUCCCUGCCCAGCCCCACCUCCACAGACGGUGAUAUCCAUGAGGAUUUUUGCAGCGUUUGCAGAAAAAGUGGCCAGUUGCUGAUGUGUGACACAUGUUCCCGUGUGUAUCAUCUGGACUGCUUAGACCCUCCUCUGAAAACAAUUCCCAAGGGCAUGUGGAUCUGUCCCAGAUGUCAGGACCAGAUGCUGAAGAAGGAAGAAGCAAUUCCAUGGCCCGGAACUUUAGCAAUUGUUCAUUCCUAUAUUGCCUACAAAGCAGCAAAAGAAGAAGAGAAACAGAAAUUACUUAAAUGGAGUUCAGAUUUAAAACAAGAACGAGAACAACUAGAGCAGAAGGUGAAACAGCUCAGCAAUUCUAUAAGUAAAUGCAUGGAAAUGAAGAACACCAUCCUGGCCCGGCAGAAGGAGAUGCACAGCUCCCUGGAGAAGGUAAAACAGCUGAUCCGCCUCAUCCACGGCAUCGACCUCUCCAAACCUGUAGACUCUGAGGCCACUGUGGGGGCCGUCUCCAAUGGCCCGGACUGCACCCCCCCUGCCAACGCUGCCACCUCCACGCCAGCCCCCUCCCCCUCCUCCUCCUCCCAGAGCUGCACAGCGAACUGUAACCAGGGGGAAGAGACUAAAUAACAGAGCCCCGCUAGGAGAAGCCACGGGAUCCCGGCGGCAAGGAGAGCAAAACACUGAAGACUCUAGAAAAGCAAAGCCGGAUUUCUUCUGGAAAGUACAGAAUUCUUUUGGUUCUUUGGUUCCAGAGAGAGAGAAGAUGCUUGUGCCAGGUGGCACCAGAGUUUGCCAAUUGAUCCUUCUUAUUCUGUGUGUACAUGCAAAGAUUGGACCAUGUUACAUGAAAUAGUGCCAGCUGGAGGUUCUUUGCCAGCACCAUGCCAAGUGAAAUAAUAUAUUUACUCUCUCUAUUAUACACCAGUGUGUGCCUGCAGCAGCCUCCACAGCCACGAUGGGUUUGUUUUUGUUUUGUUGGGUGGGGAGCAGGGACGGGCGGAGGGAGGAAAGCAGGUUUCAGAUCCUUAUUUGCCGAGCCGUUUGUUUAGGUAGAGAAGACAAGUCCAAAGAGUGUGUGGGCUUUCCUGUUUCUAAACUUUCACUACUAUAAAACCAAAAAGAGGAAAUCGAGAUUUAACCAACCCAGUGCCCAGAGGAGGGAUGGGGAGGGAGUGGGAGGGAGCCGGGGUGGGAAAAGUAUAUCGAAUAAGCAGUAUUUCAUAUUGUCUGGGGCGGGCAUGGUGCACGGAGAGAUGGACACCAAGAACAGCCACCGGCUGCUUCUCUGGAGCGCUCCGCUCCCCCGCCUUGGACGCCCCCACCCUCCCCAAGUUCCUUCCCUGCUGUGGCACGUGGGCACCAUCCCCGCGGACGAUCCGGUUACCUUCCCUCUCCAAGAACAAGCAGAAUCAGGCCUCAGGUGGCCCUUGCCCGGGGCAGGGAAGAAGGGUGUGUGUGUCGAGGAAGGAAAAAAGGUGGAUCAGUGAUUUUACUUGAAAACAAGCUCCAUCCCUUUUCUAUAUUUAUAAGAAGAGAAGAUCCUGAGUGAAGCAGCACGCGACCCAGGUGUGUGUGUAUUGAAUGGAGACGUUUCUUUUCUUUUUUGUUUUUGUUUUUGUUUUUUUUGUUUUUUGUUUUUUGUUCUUUUUUCCUUUAAAAGAAGUUUUAUUUUGUUGUUUAUUUUACUUUUUUGGUAACAAAAACUAAAAUAAGGAAUAGAAAAGCUGUUUUUCAGGCUGACAGUCCAAUUAAGGGUAGUCGAGACCUUGCAUGGUAGAAUAGGAAUCAUAGUGUCAGUGAGGUCAGUGAGUCUGUGUGAGUCCUUGUGUCAUCGUUCGGGGCACUGUUUUUUUAUGCAAGGGCAAAAAUCUUUGUAUCUGGGGAAAAAAAACAACUUUUUUUUAAAUUGAAAAGGAAAAUAAAAGAUAUUGAGGUCUUCCUAGUGUUACUUAAAUUAAGAUCAAGGUAAGAAACAUUGUAAAAAAAAUUACAAAAGUGCUAUUUGUUUCCUAAAAACAGUGAUUUCUAUUAAAAAAGUGUCAGAACUGGAGAAAA